AUGCAUCGUGCCUCACCAACUCAACUUCAUAAACAUGUUUCGCAGUUAUUAACCGGAGGAAUCAUAAAAACGCUUCCAGCAUGGUAUUCAGCCAUGAACAAAUUUCCACCUGGUCAGAGCUUAUUACGUAGUCCUUUACAGUUUUGUGAAAAAGAUGUGUCAGGAAAGAAAUUGC